GCCACCAAUAUCGGCAAAACCACUCUUAGAGUCCUUCGGUCUCCCAUCACACUAAUAAUAAUAAUAAUAAUAUAUCUUCUUCACCUUAUCCUAUACGUACACGGCCUCUGUAUGUAUAUAUCUCUGCCUUACCCUUUUAUAUAGGACUACUGCACUUAUCAUACCUCUGUUAAAAAACAAAUUCAAUUAUCAAAACCCUCAAAACCAGCAUCGAUUAUCCACUUUUGAAAAUCAAUCAACAGCAUCGAAGUGAUUGUUGAAUGGACUGUUGCCUUUCGUACGCCAAAUCCAGCUUCACAACUCUCCCCGCCGCGGCCGUCUUCCGCCGUCCGAUCACUUUUUGUGCGCGGCGGAGGCCGUCGUCUGUGGUGGCUAGUUCCAGGAGUGCCAGCAGGUGCGAGUUCAGCGGCUUGAGCGCGCCGCUGGUGCCGACGACGCCGGCUGGGAGGUUCCUGACCGGUGUGUUGCUGGACAAUCCCGGCAACUUUCAGAUCACCGCUAUGGAGGAGCUGCGGCGACUGGCGGCGGAGAGGGAUGUAGUAGCGGCGCGUUUGCAGCUCAGCCUCGGCUCCGACGAAGCUUGCCUUCAUAGGAGAAUUGCGGAGCUAAAACAGAACGAACGCCAAAAUGAAGUCGAAGAUAUUAUGUAUAUGAUGAUACUGCACAAGUUUUCCGAGAUGAGAGUUCAUUUGGUUCCGAAGCUAUCCAAAUGCGUCUACAAAGGCAGGUUCGAGAUUUGGCCUUCGAAGGAAUGGGAGCUCGAAUCUAUUCAUAGCUUCGAAGUUCUACAAAUGGUGAGGGAGCAUUUGAGCGCUGUCAUCGGAUGCAAGGGUAACGCUAACGUCACCGACACUUGGGUCACAACCAAGAUACAAAGGCUUCGCCUCUGCCGAUUAUACGCUGCUUCUAUCUUGUACGGAUACUUUCUGAAGUCCGCUUCUUUGAGACAUUUCCUCGAACGGAUCUUAAACACGAGCACUUCCAACUUCAGUAUUGGUGGUCAAGGUCAAAGUCAACUUCCGGUUUCGGAGAUUUUUUCUGUAGAAUCGAAUGUCAUUGGCUGUGUGGGCCAAAUAUCGCAGGAGAAUUUGGGAUUUUACGUGAUGGGAUUCGACCAGGAGAUGAUUCAGAUGUGUGCAAAACCGAAGUCUAUUGAGGCGAUGAAUCUUAUCGAGAGACAUAGCUGUGCUCUGUUUGGGGAUGAGGUGACAACCGAUGAUGUUAUUACAACCUCGUUUGCCAGUCUGAAGAGGUUUCUGUUGGAAGCUGUUGAUUUCGGUUCUUUCUUGUGGGAAUCGGAGAAUUCUGUGAGUGAUGUGUAUAUGCUCGACGAGAACUGAAUUAAAUGGGCUCGUUUUCUUUUUUUUUUUUUUCAUUUAAUUUAUAAAUAAUAGGCGUAUACUUUUGUAUAGAUGAACUAUUUCUUGCUUGCAUCUAGCAAAAUGUGGAUAUGUGUAUAGUGUGUGCAUAUAUACUCUUUUUACAUAUUAAUGUACAUAUAAGAAGUGAUUUGGUAAAGAAAA